AUGAGUCCUCAACCACAUUUUUAUGAGAAUUUGUUGGUUUUCUUUUAUGCCAUUGAUGAAAUUAACAAGAACCCUACAAUGUUACUAAACAUUACUCUCGGAUAUCACCUGUAUGACUCCUGUGGGGAAAACAGGAAGGCUUUAAUAAACACAUUAGAGAUUUUAUCUGGACCGGGAAAGACGUUCCCAAAUUACUCCUGCAGAGGAGGUAAAGAAAUACUGGGCUUCAUUGGAGACCAGAGCUCUGGGACCACUGCCACAGUAGCACAGAUAUUGGCCAUGUAUCACUAUGUACAGCUGAUAGAGUUUUUGUCUUAUACUGAUGAUAACUUGUCUUUAUCUUUUAUUGCUAUCACUUUGUUGUUUUGCAUUUUAACUUUUUUAAUAAUGGGUAUAUUUAUUUCUUAUGGUGAUACCCCCAUUGUGAGGGCAAACAACAAGAGCCUCAGCUUUGUCCUUCUGGUCACCAUCUCAUUGGGUUUCCUCUGCGUCUUCUUGUUCUUGGGUCGCCCCAUGGAUACAACCUGCAGGCUACGCCAAGUGUCUUUCGGAAUUCUUUUUACCAUCGCGGUCUCCUGUGUAUUGGCCAAGACUGUAAUGGUUUGGCUUGCUUUCAAAGCCACCAAACCGGGCAGUGUGUGGAAACAGUGGGUUGGAGUAAAACUGCCCAAUUUGGUUGUCUUCAUCUGCUCAUCAUUCCAAGUUGUCAUCUGCAUUGUAUGGCUCGCGAUCUCUCCCCCCUUCCCAGAGCUGGACACACGUUCAUAUCAAACAAAGAUCAUCAUUCAGUGUAAUGAAGGGUCAGUCGUUGGGUUCUACUCUGUCCUGGGAUAUAUGGGGAUCCUGGCUGCUGUCAGUUUUAUUACAGCUUUUCUAGCGAGGACAUUACCGGACAGUUUUAAUGAAGCCAAGUACAUCACCUUCAGCAUGCUGGUGUUCUGCAGUGUCUGGAUUGCCAUGAUCCCGGCCUAUCUGAGCACCAAAGGGAAAUAUGUAGCGGCCGUGGAGAUUUUUGCUAUACUGACCUCAAAUGCCGGACUUCUAUUUUGUAUAUUUCUUCCAAAAUGCUACAUAAUUAUUUGUCACCCCAAUUUAAAUUCAAAGAAGCAUUUGCUUGACAACAGAGGCAAAUAA